AUUGUUGCUGCAAUCGGAUUCAGUAUGCACGUGUUCUUUGAGUAGUUGACAACGCGUACCCUUGCACGGAUAGACAGACCCCGCCAGUUCUGCACUAGGCGUCCGGCGAUGACAGAGAAGCUCGCGCCUUCCACGCGCCACCAGUAUCACCACAAUGGCCGCGUAGUGUAUGAAUGGGAUCAAUCAUUCAGCGAGGUGAACAUCUACGUACCUGUGCCGCCCGGGGUCACGGGCAAGCAACUGUUCGUCGACAUUGAGACAAGGCACCUACGCUUCGGCAUCAAGUCCACGCCGGCGUACCUAGACAGUGACCUGUUUGCGGCAGUCAAGGUGUCAGAGAGCUUCUGGACGUUAGAGGAUGGCGUGCUGCAUGUCUCGCUGACGAAACUAGAAGAGGGUGAGCCGUGGCGCAGUGCCAUUGCGGGCCAUGACCUUGACCCCGCCACACAGCAGGCGGACCAGCAGCGGCUCAUGCUGGAGCGAUUCCAGGCGGAGCACCCGGGCUUUGACUUCUCCCAAGCCAAGUUCAAUGGGCAGGUGCCCAACCCGCGCACCUUCAUGCGGGACCUGGAUGCGGCACCGCCGGAGGAGCCGUGAGAAGCCGGGCAUAGGCAUGUUAGAAAGUUGGCGUGUGGGGACUGGCAUAUACUUCAGUGACGUCGAAUCCAGGCAGCAACACCUGCAAUUGUUUAUUCGUACCGCUUCACAUCAGGUGCAGAGGACCGGGGGGUCGUGUCUUAUCCCAGAUACUGGGGGCCGUCCAGCGGCCAUUGAGCUUGAUCACAUGAUUUUACGAUUACGGGCUUGGGCGCGUGUGGACGCGCGGGAUUGGCAAUGGUAGGCAGAAGGAUGCCGCGCGCGGGAUGCCUAAGCGCGGGGUACUGAAGUGUGAUGGUGGACGUGCUUUAGCCGGCGUGGAUUGCUACUGGCACUUGGGUAGGCUACACAUGAGUGAGUGCAUGUGUGCAUGAGGCUGAGCUGGCAGUUAAGCGGCGCUUGAACGGGUUGACAAUGUAGCAGGACGAGUGAAUGAAAGCACUGUGUGCAUUGGUUUCCUUGAAGUAUCCUCGAUAAAAUAAGCACAGAGUGUGUUGGGCGGGCACAUACCGUAGCUGGAGUCCUGGAUAGAUGGCAUACACGCACGGCACGGCGCCAACCCUGGAAGUCUUGCUGUCUUUAGCUGAUAGAGGUUACAUGUGGGACGACAGCCGUGGACUAAGCCAGGGCCCCAAAAACGUACGAGACACGCACGCUCACCCGAGGAGAGAUCCCCGAAUGAC